ACAUGUUAUUGAAUUCAUAAAUUAGCUCGCGGUAUUCCUCGCCUUCUUUUUCUGUAAUCGUUUUCUCAAGGCUGCCAAAUUGGAGAAAAAAAUUGUUGCUGUUCAGCUUUUUCAUUGAAAGCCACGCAGAACUCCAUAAAAUUUGUUCAAAAUUCUUUAUAGGCGGAGUUGAAAAAACUGGCCAAGUAGCUGAAAGCAUUUUGUUGUAGUGAGGAAAGAAAAGCCAUGGACUGCUCUGCUUUCGAUCCAGAUGUUUUGAAAUCUGUUUCUGCCUUGCCCAAGCCGCUUCAAUCGGUUUUCAGUUUCAGAUACUUCAAUUCUCUGCAGAGUGAGUGCUUUUCAGGGACAUUUCUUUCGGAUAUAAACAUGGUUAUAUCAGCACCCACAGGGAGUGGUAAAACUGUACUAUUUGAGCUUUGCAUUUUAAGGCUUCUAUCAAGAUCAAUCACUCCAGAUGGAAAGUUAAGCUUCAUUCCGGGAGCUCUCAAGACUAUAUAUGUUGCACCAUCAAAGGCUUUAGUGCAGGAGAAACUUCGGUACUGGAAACAGAGGUUUGGACAAUCAUUGGGUGUAAAGUGCAUGGAGCUUACAGGAGAUAGUGAAGCUUAUACUGCACGGGAUAUGCAAGAAACAGAUAUCAUUUUGACUACUCCAGAGAAGUUUGAUUCGGUUACCAGGCGUUCUAUAAAGAAUGGUGGUUUAACUUUUUUUGGGGAUAUUGCACUUAUACUUAUUGAUGAAGUCCAUCUCCUUAGUGAAUCUCGAGGAGCAGCUUUGGAAGCAAUCACAAGUAGAAUAAAAAUGCUUGCACAUGAUCCAGGAAUGAGUUCAUGUCCUCUUGCAAAUAUUAGAUUUGUUGCUGUUUCUGCUACAAUCCCAAACAUAGAGGAUCUUGCGGAAUGGCUUAUGGUCCCCAGCCAAGGAGUUAAAAGAUUUGGAGAAGAAAUGAGACCUGUAAAGUUGACCACUAAAGUUUUUGGUUAUGCCCCAGCAAAAAAUGAUUUUCUCUUUGAGAAGCGCCUCCAAACUUUUUUAUAUGAUAUGCUUAUGCAACAUUCUAGAGGAAAGGCAGCUCUUGUAUUUUGCUCUACAAGAAAAGGAGCUCAAGAAGGAGCUCUUCAUCUUUCUCAAAUAGUGAUGAAUAAUGGAUUUUCAAAUCCAUUUGUGAAGUCAUUUGAUCAACAUGAAAGAUUGAAAGUGGCUUCUCUUUCAUUCAGUGAUAAACAGAUGCAAGUUUGUAUCCAAUGUGGUGUGGGAUAUCACAAUGGUGGCCUUUGCCUAAAUGAUAGAAACCUGGUUGAAGGCCUUUUUUUGAAGGGUGACUUACUGGUUCUUUGCACUACAAAUACGCUUGCCCAUGGUAUCAAUCUGCCUGCACAUACAGUGAUCAUCAAAUCAACCCAAUACUUUAAUAAGGAGAAGGGUCGAUACCUUGAGUAUGAUCGUUCUACUAUAUUGCAGAUGUGUGGGAGGGCAGGCCGCCCACAGUUUGAUGACAGUGGAUUGGUCAUUAUCAUGACAAGAAAAGAAACGGCACAUCUUUAUGAGAACCUUUUAAGUGGCUGUGAAAUGGUGGAAUCAGAAUUGCUUUCAACAAUAACUGAGCACCUAAAUGCAGAGAUAGUUCAGUUGACUGUCUCUAACAUAAGCCUGGCAAUAGAGUGGCUGAAAUGUUCAUUUUUAUAUAUCAGGAUUAGACAAAAUCCUGAACAUUAUGGUAUUAAAAAGGGAACUACAUCUGAACAGCUGGAGAAGCGUCUCAAAGAAAUAUGUGUACAGAAUGUCAAUGAAUUAGCAUGCUUUGGGAUGGUUUUGACUGAUGAAUAUGGAUUUACACUGAAGCCGCUAGAACCAGGAAGAUUGAUGGCAAAAUAUUAUCUGAGAUUUGAUACCAUGAAAGAAAUCAUGCAGACACCCCAAAAGUGUAGCGUUGAGGAUUUGAUCCAUAUAAUUGGUCGGUCUGGAGAGCUUAAUUGGGUACAAUUGAGACGCAGUGAAAAAAAACUUCUUAAUGACAUCAAUUCUGAUAAAACUGGACGUUUGCAUUUCCACAUUCUUGACACUAGUGGAAAGAUUAAGAAGCGAAUUCAAACAAGAGAGGACAAAAUAUUUGUCUUAGCAAAUGACUGUUUGUCUGGAGAUUCUGCAGUGCAUGAACUAACCUUGACUCAGGAUACAAAUGCAAUAUGCUCCAAUGGAAGCAGAAUUGCGCGUUGCAUGAGAGAGUGCUUCAUAUUCCAGAAGAGGUACAAAGAGUCAAAAAAUGCAAUGGUUCUAGCAAAAUGUCUGCAUCAAAGACUUUGGGAUGACAGUCCAUACCAACUGAAGCAGCUUGUUGGAGUUGGCAUGGUGACUGCAAAGGCCCUGCACUUAUCUGGAAUCAACUCAUUUGAGGAUCUGGAAAAGGCUGAUCCACGGAAGCUAGAAAUAAUAACGAAUCGUAAAUACCCAUUUGGAAACCAUAUUAAGGAGGCCCUGUUGUCCUUGCCACCCAAAAUUGACAUCAAAAUAGAUGAAAUAGACUUUAUAAAGCAAGGAAAGCUCAAGCUGAUGGUCACAUUGACCCGUCUUUUGACACCAUGUUCACCAAAUAAAAGGCAUUUUGCUGAUCUGUUUGUUGGAAGUGAAGAGGAUAACUUAAUUCUAUUCCAUGAAAGAAUUAGACUCGAUGAAUUCCCCAGCCCCUAUACUGUGACAGUUUACAAGUCAAUAAUACAGGAUACACAAUCUGAUAUAAAAGUCGAUCUCAUAUCUGAAGAAUAUGUUGGAGUUGAUAUUCACAAGAAAUUUGUCAGAAGCAAGCAAGCAGGUGCCGAAAGAUGUAGAGACAAAGUGGGUGGAGACUUAGGCACUGCAGGGGUUCCAUCAAAUUCUGGAAUCCAGAAUGGUUGGAAGAAAGAGAAGUUAAAUCUUGCACACUUAACUACUGAUGAUUAUAGUACUAUUACUGAUGAUCUAAACUUAUGUUCAAUGCCAACAUUUAAUCUCUUUCCAGAAAUCGAGAACACAAAUGAAGGAUCUGAAAUAAUGGAAGAACAUGCAACCGAUGAUCAUACGGUAGACUUUUCAAAACAUGAGAAGACAAAUAAAGAAACGGUUUCAGGGGAGAAUAUUUUUGAGCACAUCCGUAGAAAAGCAAAAAGAUUGCCAUCAUUUGCAGCAUAUCAGGGUAGCAACUGUCCAAAGCUUCAUGUUAUUUCUCCCAUCCAAUCUAAAAUUUCCAAUCAAAGUACAUUACUGGAAAGAGCAAAACAAUAUAUUUCUGAUAUCAAUCCAGUUGUGAAAAGAACAAAGGAGGAUAGCACGUGCACAAGAAAUUUUCAGCAUAGAAAAAGAACAGAUACCACUGUAGCGGAUUAUGAUGAGAUGGGUAUAGAAUUUCAAGAUCAGGAGACGGGUAGUAUAGAUAACUUUACACUACCUACAUUCGCCAUGAAUUAUCCUGAGAUCCAAUCCCCAAGUACACUGAGCAAUCCACAAAGUGAAAGCAGCACAAAAAAUAUUAUACAUUUAGACAACAACUUUCCUACUGAUAGCAUUUCUAUUAUAACAAUAGAAGAUUCACAAACCAGUGGAUCAGCUGCUGCAGCAGAUGAUACUGAAAUUUCUGCAGAUUUUAACUACCUGCAGUCUCUUGAUAGUGCGAAAUCUCCAGGCGGUGCUUAUGGACAUAAGAGGUUGUACUUUUCAUCUAUGCAUGAACUCCAGGAUAAAGCCUUUGAAUUGAAAUCUGAAGGCACACAAGCUGAAGGAAAAGACAACAACAAUCAUGAUCUUUUUUCUGCUGCAUCAACCUCAAGUAGCAUGGUAACAUCACAGAAUGAAGAUACAUUUGGGAUAGCAAAGGAAACGCAUUUGAAUGAGAAAAAUUCUCCCAGAUUGUACAAAGCCUCAUUUGAAUCUCAGGAUCUUUCCAUUUCAUUGCAGCUCGAGGAUGAUGGAGGAUCAUCAUUUAUGGGAUGCCAAAGUGUAUUUUCAUUUCUCUGAAAUAGUUUUAAGUGUCCAGGAUUCAUGCAUGGACAUUUUAUGUCUACAGUUUGAAAGAACUGUUGUGAUACAUCGACCAUCGCAGUCUGUUGUAGAUUGUCAUAUAGAGUGAGAGAGGAAUUAUUUCAGUGUAUAGGCCAGUUGCCUUUUAUACGCUAAUAUUGUUGAAGAUAGGCAGUUCAAUAAAACAUAUUCAUAAUCUUUGAACCGUAUUUUUAUUACAUAACAGGCCAGUUGCCUUUUAUACGCUAAUAUUGUUGAAGAUAGGCAGUUCAAUAAAACAUAUUCAUAAUCUUUGAACCGUAUUUU